CGAGACCCCGCUCCAAGAGAAGCGACCCCCCCCCCCCCCUCUCUCCAGCCAGAAGCACCCAGAGGAUGGAUCCCACCGGGCGCAGAGAGUCGGUCCGCAGGAGCCUGUUCGGCCCGGUGGACCACGACCAGCUGCGCCGCGACCUGGCGCUGCAGCUGCGGGAGAUCGCGGAGCGGGACAGCCGCCGCUGGAACUUUAACUUCGGGGCGGAGACGCCGCUGUCCGGCCGGUUCCAGUGGGAGGAAAUCCCGGCGGACUGCGCCGCGGCCGUCUACCAGGAGCGCGCCGAGCCGAGGGAAGACGACCGGCUGAGCGGCCGGGAGGACAGCUCGGGGACCGACCAGGAGAACCGCUCCGGAGUCUCCAACGCGCGCCACAGUCCCGCCGACGCGACGCCCGUCCGGAGGAGGAAGAGGACCCUCUCCAAGCCGGCGGCCAAGGCCGGGACCCUCUCACGGAUCACCGAUUUCUUUGCAAAGAGAAGAAGGACGACGGAAGCUAAGAGCAUCCUGAGUGCUUCCCACACAAGUUGCAGCGAAGCAGCUUCCUGCAGAAGGAUCCGGUGAAGCCACAGCUGGAAAAGGACUAUUUGUGAUUCAUGGACUGAACCAAAGACUCUGCACUGCACCGAAGGAUUCUAUUUUAGGUUUAUUUCGUUAAUGCCACUUGUAGCAUUUGUCAACUGGGGUUAAUUUAUACAAGUUUCUGUUAUUUAUUUAAUUUAUGGAGUUUAUGCAUUUUUUUCCUAUUAUUUUCCAAAUGAAUUAUUAUUAUUAUCAUUUAUUUAUCCGUGUUCAUUUUCUCAUUGAUUGAUAACUUUUUCUGUUUGUUUCAUGUCUUUGUCAGUCUCUCGUUGGCUUUCUGCAACACAAGCUGCUUCUCUUGUCCUUUGUUUGCCUCAAUGAACUGAGAGUGUAAAUGACCACUUUGCAAAUUUUAAUAAACUGUUUAA